CCAAUCUAUUCUACGGACGAACUUAGAAGCACUUACAACAUCUACUUCGUGAAAUCAUGUCGAUCUCACACCUAGAACUUACACUCCUUCCGUAGUUGGUAGAAAUUUCAAAUUUUUACAAGAACGAAGAGGAAUUGUAUAGAAACCAACUAAGCCAAAACCCGAACCCCGUGAUCACCAUGUCCGCCGCACUCCUCUCGACCGGUAGUACACCAACAACUACCGGUCACUACAUUCUCCCGGCGUACUACCGGCAAUGCGGAAAACGCGACUCCCCGUACUGCGAGCCGCCAAAACUCCCGAGCAUCGCUUUAAAAGACGAAAACCUGGAUAACAUGCACACGCACACAAACUUGCAGCUACUGGCGACCGGGGAGUACAUCGGGGCCGAAUUCACGCAGGACUUCCAACUCUUUUGCCCCCUGCGGAAAACGAUCUAUCCCAUGGAAAAACGUCCCCACCCCAUAGUUGUCAUGCAAAUUUGCAUCUACAGAAAAAUCUGUAAUGCACAUCCGCAAGAGAGGCAUUUAUAGUCGUGUUCUGGUGUUUAUAUAUAAUGCUGUAAACAGGAUGAGCAGAACUGUCUUUGUGAUGCGGCUGUCCUUGCUAAACAGCACUACUGUACGGAUGAAAACUUGUCAUGCAUAAGUCCCAAAACUUGGAGAUUUGUGUUGCAGAUUUACCCACUUGACUCUGGGGUGGGGACUUUUUUUUUGCUCAGGAUACGAUCCGGCAGCUGUUUAAGGAGUUGAGAGACGACAUCUUUCCGAACAUGUUCAAGUGCAUCCCCCGGGAACCCAAGUACUACUAUAAAUUUUGUUUAUAUCAUCAAUUUCGCUUUGUCAUGAUGCACAACUUUGCUCAUGGCGAGCGCGCUUUGUCAGCGAGACUGCAAGCGUACAACUACCGGUAUAACAACUUCUAAAUUCAUAUAAUCUCGAGGAUACUUUAAAUACAUUCCUCCCUCCCAGAUGCGGCGCGGCCAUCUUUGACCGGCACGAGAUCUGCGUGAAGCUGAUGCUACUGCUCCUGAACGGCCGGUGCCGCCGGGUGGAGCAAAGGGAGCUUCUCAUGCGGGAGAUGCAACGGCUGGCCAUGGUGAACAACGAAGUGGCAGAUAGGAUAUCGCACGAAAAAACUGUUUCACUGUGAACUUGUGACGCAUAGAAUGGAGCACACAACUAUUUGUCUUGCUACACAUGCAAGACGCUGGGCUUUUCAACGUGUUUUGCCUUAGGAAGCACGCAUGGCAAGUUUUCUUGGUCAUAUGUAACGAACUUGUGACGUAAAACUUGCAAAAUCCUUACAGUGAAACUCUUUUUUCGUACGAUGUAGGAAGCUGUACGACUAUUGUUCUGCGGUCAAGCAAAUCCGGGCGUUAGUACUGGGUGGAGAUGGCAGUGGUUCUUACCGUAGUGGCACUACGAUGAACACGGAUGGUGCGAAGUCUGCUGACCACAAAGGCGAGGCAGUCAUGCACGUGGUAGAUGAUACACAUGCUGACCCAGUGGAAGAAAUGGGCCUGGUCGCCGAGAACGAAAUGUUUGAGGAGGUGCAAAGCUGUGCGUACGACGACGACUUCUGCGACAAAUGCUUGAGCGGUGACAUUCAGGAGUGGCCGCGGGCCGUGUACCACGAGCUGACGAUGCCGGAAGGUCCGAGCCCCGAGGAGCGCGGGAGACCCGUGGUAUGCAUUGCAAAAGCAUCGCACUAGUUCAUCUAGUAUGAAUUGCAUUACGAUUACAAAUUUGCUCAGCAUGAGAAAUAGGAUUUGUCAUGCUGUUUUACCUUUUGAUGGAGAUUUGUAAUGCAUAAAACUGCGAUUACUACGAGUUGUACGAUGCUUUUGCAUUGCAUACGUGGAAACGCACGUGGAUGAUGACAUUCAGUACUUCGCGGACCUGGAUGACGAGGGCAAGCUGCGGUAUCAAAUGUAAAAAUGUCUGGGUCUGGAAGAAUGCAAGAUUUGUGAUGCAGGGUUUCCAUGACCCAUGAGGUCUGGAAUGCGAGACUCAGCAUGACAGAUCCUUUGAGGGCUCUAUCAUGCCUUUCCUGCAUGAGAAACCCCCUCUCAACUUGGUCAAAAGCGGACAGCUUUUGGCACUCACGCAACACAGAUUUUUGCAUCAUUUAGAUCUAGCAUGUUAAGUUCCAACCUUCCAGACCCAGACAUUUUUGCAAUCCAUAUGCGGUCCCUCGUGACAAGACUCCUUUUCCUCACGCCACCAAGCGAGCAUUGGCCGGAGGAAAGCGAAGACGGGGACGCAAUAUCCUGAGUAAAAACGUCCCCACCCCGUAGUUGUCAUGCAGAUGUAAAAUGACAAGAAGAUUUGUAAUGCACAUCUCCAUGAGAGGCAUUUCCAAUCGUGUUUUGGACUUUGUAAUGCCGUAAACAGGAUGAGAAGCUCGGUUUCUCAUGCGGCUGCCCUCGUUAAACAGCCCUACGCUACAGAUGGAAACUUGUCAUGCAAAACUCCCAAAACUUGGAGAUUUGUGUUGCAGAUUUACCAACUUGACUAUGGGCGGGUGGGGGCGUUUUUACACAGGAUACGCAACGCCCGUGAUUCACGGAAAAAGAAAAAAGAUGACGGUGCUCACGGAGGACCUCGGUUCCCCGGAUUAUGAAUUGCAAAAAUGUCUGGGUCUGGAAGGAUGCAAGGUUUGUCAUGCACAGUCUGCAUGACUCUUAAUGUCUGUGAUGCAUGCCCUAGCAUGACAGAUUUUGUGAGGGCUUGCUGAUGCCUAUAUCGCAUGAGAUAUGCCCUCUCGCCCUGGCAAAAACUGGAAGUCUUUAUUUGCUGUUCAUGCAAUACAGAUUUUUGUAGAAUUCAGACGCAGCAUCACAAGCUGCAUCCUUCCAGACCCAGACAUAUUUGCAAUUCAUACGGAUCUGCGGGCGAUGAUAGCCGCGGGGGAGAAAUCCCGCGCGGCGGCGGCGGCAGCAGUGAACGGAGGAGGUGCGGGGACCACUAGUACUACAACUGGCGCAGCACCUCCCGUUGUCCCUUCGCCAAAGACGAGCAGCAGUAGCAGCAGCACCGCCAAGCUAUCAGAAUGAAAAAUCCCCCUCCCCAUAUCAAAACGAAGUUUCUCACGCUGGAUUUGCGUACACCAAUCAGAUUUGUCUUGCUGGCAAGGACUGCAGGCCCAUAUCAAGCCUGAGAAGACAGGCAUUGGCCUAGGCGCUUAGCAUGACAGCCAUGUACGCUGUAGGCGCAUGAGCAUGACAAACCGCCUUUAGAAUGCGGCGAAGCCUGUGCAGUUGCCUUCAUGCGACACAGAGACGAUUUUUGGUCACAAAUCAGCAACACAAAUUUUCGAAAACGUACUUUUUCAAUAUGGGGAGGGGGGAUUUUUCCUUUUGAUACAAGCCCCGACGUUCACCCUAUCACCAACGCGAGUUUGCGCAGCCGACGUACUUCAGCCAGCCAUUCAAACGGCCGGGACCCGGCCUGCCGAUCGGCACUUCGCCGGGGCAGUCGGUGAUCAGCAACAUGGUGGACCAGCUGAACCUAUGAAUUGCAAAAGUAUCGUACUCGUAUAAAUCUAAAUGCAUUACAAAUUUCUUCAGCAUGAGAAAUAAAAUUUGUACUGAAUUUGUAAUGCAGAUUUGCCUUGGGAACAAGAUUUGUAAUGCAAGACUUGCAUUUAUACGAGUGCGAUACUUUUGCACAGGAUUGAACCGCAUCAACAGCCUGGUCCUCGAGAACGCGAAACGGCUGAGCGGGAAGUGGACGCUGACCAAACUGUAUCAAAUGUAUAAAUGUCCGGGUCUGGACAUUUCUGAGACUUGUCAUGCACGUUUUGCAUGACCCAUGUGAUCUGACAUGGAGGACCUAGCAUGACAGAUUCCGUGAGAUCACUGUCAUGCCUAUCCUGCAUGAGAAACUGCCUCUCAACUUGAUCAAAAUUGGACAGCGUUUGGGAAUCAUGCAACACAGAUUUUUGCAUGAUUCAGAUUUAGCAUGACAAGUCCCGACCUUCCAGACCCAAACACUUUUGCAGUGCACAAACUGCACCCGGCCUCGCCCGCAGCGGUGGUUGCGGAAAAGUGCAAGCAGGACGCGGGUAUCAAAAGUAAAAGUGUCUGGGUCUGGAAACUUGUGAUGCUGGGUGGCGUCUCAUGAUGAGGCUACGACUACUAGCUCAGCAUGACAAGUUUCUGAGCUCCUAGGUGUUGCCUAUUCCGCAUGACAAACUGCGGCGCUGCAUCACAGAAAAACGGAACUCUUGGGUAACGUGCAUGACAGAUUUAAGAGUCAUGCCAGACAAGCAUGACAAACAUGAAUUCUUCCAGACCCAGACAUUUUUACAGUUGAGAGUGGGGCAGGUCGCGGAAAUCAUGGACGACUUUGAGUACUUAUCGUGCGAAGAAACUGUCCCCGUCUCCAUGUCAAACCUAAUAACUAGUAGUUUCAGCAUUACAAAUGCCCUCAGCGAGCAUGAUGACAUGAAAGAUUAUCUGUCACGCGUCGUCUUAUGCAAGAGAAAACACGCUUGAAGAAGUUCGUUGUGCCCUUUAUUUCUUGCCUGUCGAGCAUGACAAAAAAACGCUCUGCAGGACAUUGAUUCCGCAUUACAAGUUGAGACUGAGACACUUUUUCCUUGCGAUGGUACUCGUUGGAGAACUAUUUCGUGGACGUCCGGCUAGAAGACAACCGGUAUUUCCGCAACCGGUUCCUGCGGUUCGCGUACGUUUUGGAAAAGCAGGAGAAGCAGCUCGAGACCUUGGCGAAAGGGGCGAAGCGCAUCCAGGACUGCAUGCUCGAGGAGGUGGCCGGGAUCUACGAGAAAAAUGUGAGACGGCUGUACUGCAAGAAAGAAGAUGAUGUUGAAAGAGAUGUAAAGAAUCCCGCCCAGGAAGUUGUAGACACCACGACGCCGGCGCAACAGGACACGACCCUCGAGGCGAGCAGUUUUUGUGCUUCGCCGCCUUCCUUCAAAAGAAAACGGCACGACGAACGGGAGAAAGAGAAAAAGGAACAGUAUCAAGCCACCCGCGCCGAAAAAGCGCUCCAGGCUGCUAAACUUCCGUACAGCAAUAUCGUACGAAAAAAGUGUUUCACUGUGAUGACUUUGCAAGAUCUGCAUCCAGGGGGGGCGCGGGGACCUCGCUUGCCAUCUAGUUUGGUCUCGCGAAAGUUCCAGCCCUUCGUUGCUGUCGUCUGCACUUCGUUGCCAUUGCUCUUCGUUCGUGAGUACCUAUCGCCCCCGAUGGAGCUAGAUCGCAAAUUCGUACGCUCCUCAUGCUGAAAUGCCGGAUCUUCCCUGCUUUCCCCGCGUUCCCACGUAGAUGUAGGUCUCUACCCUUUUACUUCUUUUUCGUCGUCUUGCUUACUUCUGGAAUCCUUGUAGCGCUAGGUGGCGGACCCCGCAUUUGUUGCAGGGGCAGAUGUUUUUUUUUUCCGUUUUGCCAACGGGCUGAUCGGGGUCGGUUGUUGAUAGAUACUUUUUAGCCUUUAGCUUCUACGUUUUACCGCUCUUAGAGGCAGCCACUCUAUUUACUCGCUGAUGGGCCGCACCCGGAAGCAUCCAGUUUCUUCUUGCUAUCGCUAGGCGGGUGCAGUGGUGGUUUCGGUCGGGCCGCACCCAAAGAGUCCACCCACUCACCGCGCGCAUAUGUGCUCUCUUUUGGCUGCAUAAUUGAAGAAAAAAAGUCCACCUAUUUCAAGGGGCCGCACCCCGCUUUUUAUGCCCGGCACCGUUCCUGACACACAGCGUGCUCCAUGAGGCGAGUGCAUAGAUGGGCCCUUAGAUCCGGCGACACUCAUGCGGACAUACUAAUUCUUCAUGAUGACAAGCAAAAACUCCAUUUUACAGCUACCGCUUCGCUUUGCAAACACCGCAAUCGAGGUAGUGCUGACCUGUUUUGUACCGUAAUACGCAAUGGUCUGACAUUUCAAAAAAACAAAAUUAUUUCAUCUUUUCGUCGCCAUCAUAAGUAUCUUGAGGUGCCGCACACCUCUAUCUCUAGUUUCUUGUUGAUUACUUCUCGCUCGUUCGGUCGCGCAUGUGCGGUGCAGCCCGCUCAGAGUCUUUUGUUUUUCAUGCGACUCUGCAGCCCCCAAGCAUAAAUGUUUGCAUGUUUCAAGUCCUUGGACUUUCAUGGGCCCACGCACAUCCGAGAUCGGGGGGGGUGGGAGGGGGUCCUCAAGCCAGAAAAAAAACCCUCCCGAGCGGAAAUAGGGAAUUAUAAGGUGCAAGAUCUGCAUCACGAGUUUGCUACACAUGACACUGAAAAUUUGUCAUGCGCGCUUCCCAAGGCAAAACACGCUUGUAAAUCCAAUGCCUUGCAGGUGUAGGAAGACAAAGAGUUCCGUGUUUCAUUUUCUGCAUCACAAGUUCACAGUGAAGCAGUUUUUUCUCACGAUAAGCGAUGUGCAGCGGUUCACGUGGGAAAGCCAGUUCCUGCAAUCACUGCUGAACCCCCGGUAUCUACAGCACGUUGUAAAAAGACACGUCGACGAUCCGGAUUUCCGCUGGUUUCUGCGGUAUCUCCUGUACUUCCGAAACCCGACAUACAUAUCCAACGAAAAAAAAAUUACAGUUACACAUCUGUUGUCAAUGCAGCAACACAGAUUCCUCUGCAUGAGAGAGAAAACUUGCACUGCAGAAACCCUACGGGAGAACACGUAUGAAACAAGGCUCCUAUGCUUAUCCGGCAUGACCGAGGUUGUCUGUCAUGCUGGGCUUGCAAGACAGUGUGUAACUGUAACACUUUUUUCUUGCGAUAUUACAAAAUCUUUCUCGACUACCCGGUCGCGGUGGAACUUAUUGCGAGGAAAAAUCCCCCCACCUCCCCACACUCCUGUUGAAAAGGUCUUCUUCUAAAAGUUUGUCAUGCUGAUUUGUGACCACAAAUCCUGUCUCUCGUGCAAGAGGGCAUCAAAGCCAAAGAAUUAUCCGCCGCCUGAUGCAGGCGGUUUGUAAGUAAUGCUGUUACGCUUGCAUGGCAGGCCUCUGCUAUGCUAAGCAGUAAGCACCUACACCAAAUAACAACACCCCUACGCAGACUUAGGCUUUGCCUGCAGUGUCUCACUGCAAGACAGAGCUGAUUUGUGUACACAAAUCCCGCAUAAGAGAUUUCCACUUUGCUAUGGGGCCGCGGGGCGAUUUUUAAUUUUGAUAGAACUGCUGGAGAUUUUGCUCGUGGAUAACUGCAAGCUUUUGACGAUGUGGUCGAAAAUUCUGAACGAAAACAAGAUCGACAGUCUGUCGACCUCCUCGAUCUUAUCAAAUGCAAAAAUGUUUGAGUCUGGGAAAUUGCGAGAUUUGUCAUGCAGAUUUUCCAUGAUCCAUGCCGUCUGAUAUGCAGGACCCUGCAUGACAGAUUCUGUGAGACCCCUAUCAUGCCUAUCCUGCAUGAGAAGCCUCCUCCCAACUUGGCGAAGGUGACCAGGCUACCAGCGUUUAUUGAGGGCAGUCGAAAGCUGGCGCGGCGACUGUUGAAAUUACAGAAAAGACACGCAGGCGCCAGCGCGUCGCUUGACCCAGAGCGCGUAGCGACAAACGAGGGCGCCGACGCGGCCACCGACUUGGUCAGAACGGCCGAGAGCUCCCUGGACCCCCGACAGCCGGAUCGCGCCGCGUCCCUAACGCGAGAGGAUGUGGAUGAGAAGUGGCCGCUUUCGGUCUCCAGCAUUGAAUCGCGGAAGAUGCAGCUAGAAGCCACUGCAAAGCCAUCGGAGAUCGCGUCUUCAGAUGUGCUCACUGCUCCGGAACCGCAGCCCGACUUCGCGCGGUGGCGAUUGCUGCCCGCUGAUUCUUCCGCGCCGCCGGCGAAGGCAGGCGGGAAAGCAUCCAAGGCCUCGAAAGUAGGCGACGACGUCGCGCGCGCCGUGACGAACCUCCGCAACCCCCUGGGCUUUUGUCGACUUCUCGGGACCCAAGGCACCCGCACCCGGAUGCAGCAAGGGCGCGAAGGCUUUGCCGAGACGCUUCUGGAUGUGCAGGAAAACAUCGCGGCCCCGUGGGGUUGCCUCGACUCCGGGCGGGCAGCUGCUAAGGCGCCCGAUGGUUUCACAGCCGUGAACGAGGGCGGGCGGCGGCUGCUUCGUGGGCCAAUGGCUGAGCUGCUGCGGCGCUCUACACAGUUGGGCCGGGGCCUGUGCGGCGCAGGCGGUGGCGACCUAGCCGGCGGCGCUGGUGACUCCGCACAGCAGAGCGAUCCACUCGGGCCAAGCGCAGGCAUUCUCUGCGGCCCCACCUGCUGCCUGAUUUUGGACCGGUGCGCGGGCGAACUUCGCCCGGCUCUGAGAGUGUUCCCCCUGGCGUUCGAUGUGGCGGCCUUUCUCGGGGGCCUAUGCCUCCCGCUCUCCCUCGGACCAGACGAAGCGCCUGCAUUCCCUCGGGGUAUAUCUUGACCAGCGACGCGUGGGCAGCAACGGCGGCGGCCCGGAGCGAGAAGGCUGCAAUGCUCGCCCUGGCCAAGUCCGACCCAAAAGCGGAGGCCUUGCGCAAGAAGCUGCAGAAGGCACGCAAGGACUCGCAGAAGAAGACGAGCGAAGCCGGGAAGGAAGUCGAUGCACGUGGCAAGGCGAUAGGCAAAGCUAUGCAAGCAGGAAAAAGCGCGGGGGCCCCCGGAGCGGCUGCUGGCGCUAGCAGCUCAUCCGCGAAGGCGGGCGCCGGCUCCACUAUCGCCGAGGCGCGUAAUGCGUUCGCUGGCCUUCACUCCGUGCACCAAGAUCCUACCCGAGAAUCCCGACAGUCAGCGCGUCGCAGUAUUUGAGUCGGCAAAGGGCGCGGCUUUGGCGCAGCAAAGGGAGGCGCUCGCGGUCUUCGCCUGCAGUCUGCUACAGUCCGCCGGGAAGCCGAUCCCGGCGGAACUGCCUGGCCGCAAAUGUUGCAGCGCACACCCUUUGCAGGACGCAGGCAUGGGACGACUUCGAGCCCCCCCGCCAGGCUCUUGAAGAUGUGGGCCACAGGUGUGACGCUACGACCGGCCGGGGCCCCGCUGUUUUGCCGGCUCGGGACGCUCAGCGGCAAGGCUACAGAGGCCAAAGCAGUGCAGUGGGAGAAGCUGAAGGCCGGCCAGAUCAUACGGGAGAGCCGCAUGGGCCUCGGCCUCCUCUACCUGCCUCCGAAGAUUCGGGGGGCCAUGGCGGGCGAAACAUUCGCGAGGAAGAUGGGCGCGGGGCACGCGCGCGCCGGCCGACGAAAGUGGAAGGAAGCCCCGCGCCAGCUGGGACCUGGGUCCAGCUGUGUCGCUGCUGCAGUACGUGAUCCACCAGCGAGGAGAGUUGCAAGAGCUUGCCGGGGUUCGCAGGUGUCGACCACAAUGAGAACCAGGCCCGCGCUGCGCGAAUUGCCUCCAGUAGUGGCACGGACGCAGGAGAGGGCGCUGGAGCAGCUCGGCAGGCUUCGCGCCGGUUCGAAGCACCAGCUGGCGCCGUUGUGUGGGAUGAUCGGCCGGGGCGAUGUCAACCCUAACAGCGAGACCGUUGCGCAUUUCGUCUCUCUGCUUGGUCCUGUGGCAGGUUGGGGACCCUGUCGGCCCUCGCGGUGCCCAGCUAUUCCGGCAGCAGACGCAAGCUCCGCAGCCAGAGGCGGCCUCGGAGAAGAAGACGGGGGGACUUCUCGAUGGCGUGCAGUUUGCCACCGGCGGGAGCGGGAAAACAAAGUAAGAACCGGCGCGGAGGACCGGGAGAACUUCGAGAAGGAUUUGCGGCGGGCUCGCGCCAUGUCGCGCGACCUGGUGAACCCGGAAAGCACCCGGCGGCGCGACCUCGUUGGAGAGGUGCGGAAGCGCCUGGGAAGUUCGGAAAACGCGGGGGACAAACGGCGCUGCUCUAUGUGUCCGGUUUCGUCGGCCUCCACUUGUUUGAGCAUGCACACCCGCAGCCCGGUCUCCCGGAAAACGGACGCGGCAAAGCUUCUCAUGCUGGUGCGGACGACGGCAGUCAAGUGGCUCGAUGAUUUGCGUGGGGUGGGUGACGCGGGCAGCGAGCUGCGUCGCCGGCUUGUGCUGGAUGUGGCGGUCGCGGGCUCCUUGACAUUCGCAGAAGACCCCGCGCUUCUUAUCGGACACCCGGAGGACCAGCAGCAGCAUGGCGGGGCAGCUUCGAAAAGCGUGGCCGAGAGCCUUCGCGGGUGGCUGACGUUCACGGCGAUCGUGGCCGAUUACGGUGGUAGCGGCUUGCUGGAGUCGGACGGCGGGAGUCCAUUGCGGCGCGGCGCCUACUUUUCGCCGAGCGACUGGCGGACCGCCUUGCGCCGGCGCUGCGCCGGGCGGCCGCGGCCGCAAAGUCCGAGGGCGUUACGAAGUUCGUGCGGGGCUACUGGAAGCAGGGCGCGGGCGCGGUGUUGUCGUCCGCGGGAACCAGCUGGAAGCGUGUCGGGCUGGGAAAGCCGGCGCGGCGGCGGGCCUGGCGCAAGUACCACGACGGCGGGGCCUGUUGGCCCGAGAUGCCUGCAAUGCACGACCUAGCGUCACAGAUUUUUGGACGGAUUCCUGACGCCUACAUACUCCGCGUGACAAAUGCCCUCUCCAAGAAAGACGGCAGCGCGCGGACCCCGUCUCGACACGCCCCCGCCAGCCCUGCUACGGGGUGCGACGAUGCUAAUCGUAUCGCUCUCGCCAGCCCCCGAGGCACGGCGCUGCUUUUCAUCCCGCCCCCGCCAGCUGACUCCAUGUAGCAAGGCGCUUCUAACUGUACAAAAAGAAAAAGGAGAGAAAAAGAAACAAAGGAAUAGAUUAAAGAAGUGGCGGCGGGCAGGGUUGCUAGUUUAAAGACUGCGCGAAAGCAGCGCCCCCCUUCCCCAAGGGGUCCCCCGGGGCGGGCGCGGUGGCGGCUCUGCAAAUGCGGAGCCCUGCGGGCCGAUUCUCCGGAAACGCAUAGAAAAGGGCGCGGGAAACAGGUCGGCGCAAAGUGUCGGAAAGGGACACGCCGUGGGGUCGUCUGCCACCCAUCGCGAUAGGGUCAUCGUGUGUGAUCAUUAGACCCCCAGUGUAUUUUUUAGCGCGCAACCGGCCACAAAAGUAAGACUUUGCAUGCGCAAGCUUGUACGACUAACCCAUUAGGGCAAUGCUGGAGCUCCACCCUGCUCGCGGGCUUGGAUGGUGAGGCAGGUCAGCCACACAUAGCGCCCGCCCACUGGUUGUAGCUACGCGUAAGCAAUCGAUAGCGGUUUUGCGGGUGCAGCCGGGUGGUAGCUAGGAAGUGGAUCGUGUAUCCACCUAGGGGUAUCGGCAGAGGCUAAAUCUGUUCUAGCGCCCAGGUAUUGGCAGAGGUUAAAUCUGUUCUAACGCCGACCCGUCAGGAGUUAACUAAAUGGUGCUGCUACGUACUAACUUGGUCAAAAGUGGACAACUUUUGGCAUUUGUGCAACACAGAUUUUUGCACGAUCCAGAAUUAGCAUUACAAGUUGCAUCCUUCCAGACCCAGACAUUUUUGCAAUGCAUAGAUCUCUGGCAGUUACAACACGUUUUUCUCCGUCUUGGAGAUGCAAAUCAAGUUCGUUCGCGCCGACAAGACCGAGCGGCCCCACUUGGCGAGAGACCUGAUCUCCCUCGCGUCCGGGUUCAGUGGCGAACUGCAGUUCGUCUACGAGAAGACACUGCGCGACUAUCUCGAAAAGCAGCACGGUUAUGCAUUGCAAAUAUCCCUGGAUGUCUGGAAACCUGUGAUGCUGAAUUGCGCAUGACUGCAACGCUUGCAACGGCAGCCAAGCAUGCCAACCUUUCGGAGCGUUUCCCUCUGCGUGACACGCAAUACAAAUUGCCUUAUUGCAUAAUAAGGAACGCUGCUUAUUUGCUGCUCAUGCAACACAGAUUUUCCAGGAAUGCAAGGUACGCAUUACAACCUUCCAGAGGACCCAGACUUAUUUGCACUGCAUAACGGUGAAGCGGAGACAAAUGAGCGCGAUAUCCGCGAGGCGGUGACGCGCCAAACGCAGUGGGUCGAAGAAAAUUUCCCGGUGACCAGCGUGAACCCGCGGUCGUUGCCCCCGAACGUGAAAAUUGUGUCCAAGCCGAAAGAUAUGAAAUGCAAAAGUGUCUGGGUCUGGAAGAGUCUUCUAAACUUGUUAUGCAGGUUUUCCAUGAGCCAUGAGGUCUGGAAUGCGGGACCUAGCAUGACAGAGACUGUGGGGUCUCUGUCAUGCAUAUCUUGCAUGAGAAACUCCCCUCCAACUUGGUCGAAAGUGGACAGUUUUUGGCAGUCAUGCAACACAGAUUUCUGCAAGUUUCGUAUUUUACAAAGGGACGCCCUGCCCUUAGUUUCCCAACAUGACAAGUUUAGCAACUUCCGGACCCAGGCAUAUCUGCAGUGCAUAACAGACGCGGUGACGCAGCUGAAGAUCGAAAACAACCGGCUGAAGUCGGUGGCAACGGAGGACCCACCGGGCAAGAAAUUCCCUCUCGGGGGUAAAAGAACCGCGACCCUGGAUGAAGCUUUGAGCAUGCCGGCCCACCAGCUUCCGGGCCCACUGCCGGCGCUGGGUACGAAAUGCAAAAGUGUCUGGGUCUGGAAACUUGUGAUGCCAAAAUGUGCAUGAUGAAAACGCUUCCGAAUGCAGUCCGGCAUGACAACUUCCCAAAACGCUUUCUCGUAGGAAAUCCGCAUGAGAAACUGCGUUUUUGCAUGACAAAAGAGACUGCGACUUUUGUUGGUUAUGCAAUACAGAUUUUCUAGGUAUGGAACGCUAGCUUUACAAGUCCCAACCUUCCAGACCCAGACAUUUUUACAAUCCAUACUGGGCGAACCGCAGCAAGAAUCACUGAAUCAAGCACUCGUGCGAGUGCACAUGAAGCCGUAUGAACUGCAAAAGUAUCGUACUCGUAUAAAUGCAUUACAAAUUUAUUUAUCAGCAUGAUAAAUGAAAUUUCUAAUGCAGAUUUGCCUUAGGGACAAGAUUUGUAAUGCAAGACUUGCAUUUAUACGAGUACGAUACUUUUGCACAGCAUAGGCCGGAGCUGAUGACGAUGUUCACCGUGCAGCCCCUUUUGGAAAUAUCCAAAAAAAAAAAACAGUUCGUCACGAUCACUCAUGCGCAUUUCUGCAAUACAAAACUUUAUGUCAUGCGUAAAAAUGCAUCACAGCCAAACCUCAUGAGGGAUUUUCCUAGCAUUUCUGCAAUACAAGGACAAGCUGUGAUGCUAAAAAAAUUUGUAAUGCAAAGGCCGCAAGUUAGUGAUGUGACUGUGACAAACUUUUUGCUCUCCAUAGGAAAAGGAAGCCAAGGACCGGCAGGGGAACCUAUUGCCCAAGAAGAACCAGUAUGAACUGCAAAAGUAUCGUACUAGUAAUUGCAUUACAAAUUUCCUCAGCAUGAGAAAUAAAAUUUGUAAUGCGGAUGGACACUAAUACCUGCGUUUGUAAUGCAUAACUGCAAUCACUACGAGUACGAUACUUUUGCACUGGAUACCUCGCUAUUACACGAGAUUUUCAACCGAAACAAAUUCUACCGGGAGAAGGCUGAAAAGGAAGCGAAAGAAGCGGCGGAGAAGGAACAGGAGGAGCAGGCAAGAAAACUUCGAGAACAGCAAGCUCGACUUGCGGAGCAGCAGAAACACCUGAAAAAGACGAUGCUGCCGCCUGGAAGUGGGCCCGCGCGACAAGGGAAAGUCGCCAGAACCGGUGCGGCAGGAAAACAACUUCAACUACACGGCGCUGGGAUCAUGAAGAGGGCAGCUGCGCAUGGCACAGUUGCGAAGAGGGUGGAACUACACGGCAAAAGCGGAAAGAGCGCUACUAUGGGGUUGCAGAACUACGACUCCAGUGCAAGUAGUUCCUUGCCGAGUUCCAAUGCGAAUAAACUUCCACCAAGUACUAGCGGUCUUCCCCAAAGACCUGUAGUCCUCAACCAGUCUUCUUCGUCCUCAUCCUCAUCUUCGGCAGUUCAUAAAAUCAAUCUGCAACGACAGAAUAUUAAACCUGGAAUUUUGAACCAUCAGAGCGGCACGUCGCGGCAGCAAGGUUUUGUCGGGCUGGGAAAUAAAGCAGCGCAAGAUGCCCAGGAGGUGAUGAGACAGCGGCAGGCAGCCCAGCAACAUCAAUUGCUAGUGGAAGAGGAGCCGGAAGAUCCCGAGUUCGAUCUACAUCUCGAAAACAUGCUCCUUCUCCCAACGACGCUGUCUAAGCGCGGCACGGCCGAUUACGUCCGCUUGAUAUCAAAUGUAAAAAUGUCUGGGUCUGGAAGAAUGGAAGGCUUGUCAUGCUUGUCUGGCAUGACCCAUGAUGCUUGUAAUGCAUGACCCAGCAUCACAGAUUUUUGGAACGCUUCCUGAUGCCAUUUCCGCAUGACAAAUGCCCUCCUCGCGCGGCACCAAUGUGGCUCCUCUUGCUGGUCAUGCAAUACAGAUUUUUUUUAGAAUCCAAAGUUAGCAUCACAAGUCCCAACUUUCCAGACCCAGACAUUUUUACAUUUGAUACUUGAAGAGGCCGUACCAGAAGGAACUGCAGCGGAGGAAGAUAUCAAAUGUAAAAAUGUCUCGGUCUGGAAACUUGUGAUGCUGGGUGGCGUCUCAUGAUGAGGCCACAAAUGCUGGCGUAGCAUUACAAGUUUCUGAGCUUCUAGGUGUUGCCUAUUCUGCAUGACAAACUGCGUUUCUGCAUCACAGAAAAACAGGGCUCUUGGAUAACGUGCAUUACAGAUUUAAGACUCAUGCCAGACAAGCAUGACAAACAUGCGUUCUUCCAGACCCAGACAUUUUUGCAUUUGAUAGAAGAGGGAAAAGAACAAGGCCCGGGCGAUUCGCUUGGAAAGGGAGGCCCGAGAGAAGCAGGCGAAGUUACUGGCACAGCAGCAGAAAGUAUCACAGGAUAAAAGUGUUUUACAGUUUCACAUUUGUUGGAGUUUCUGCAUCACAAAGUUGCUCGACAUGGCAAAGAAAACCUGUGAUGCGCAGACUAUAAGGCAAAUCACGAAUGAAAUGAGGCUGGCAAGCAUUUCCCGCAUGACAGAACUUGUCUGUCUUGCUUCGCCUGCAACACAAUGUGUAUCUGUAAACACCUUUUUCUCGCGAUAGAAAGCCCGGGCGAAAGCCGCGGCGGCCGCGGCCAAAGCGAAAGCGAAGGCACAGGCAGCCAGGAACGCAAAGGCAACGGUCCGGAAAGGUGGCGGCGGGGGGAGGAGCGCGGCGAGUGGGCGGAAGAGGUGAGAACAAUGAUAGGCGGGAUGAAAGUACAACAUGCGAGUACUCAAGAGUUAUUUCUCGUGGUACACUUCUAGUAGACCUGAUCCUAAACUUGGGUAGCCGCGGCGACACAAAGCGACACAAACAAACCGUAGUGAAACCGAUUAUAGUGGAACGGUUCUUACUAUCGCAUUUUUAGCUUCCUCAUCCUUACGACGUUUAAUGCCAUGUGCCUUUUUACUUUCACUUAGCCUUUCGUCCCUUCGUACGAGGAAAAUGACAUAUACAGAUGUCACUUGUUCUUGCGUUUGCUUCUUUGUCCUGUAAAGUAAUACGCUGUACGACUGAACCAUGCGACACCUCCGGAUUAUCAAGUAGUUCCUGACGAAACGAUUGGAGUUUUUUGCUUUUUUCUCACACAAAAGAAAAAAGAAAAAAACUCUGCCGAC